AUGCCUGCGGCAAUUCCCAACAUCGAUGAUCAGACUGACUUCACACGUGAACUUUUCAGGCAUUGGGAUGUCCAUGCUCGCACUGGGCCUGCGCAUAUCGAGCGUCUCCUGCAUGUUCACACAUGGUUUCUACACUCUGGACGGAUUAGAGUCAACGAUGAAGAACGGCUCACAACCUUGGGCGACAAUUUCCAUCAGUGGGAAAGCCAGCUUCAGCGUAUCUGGCUAGACCUCUUGGACCCACACAUUGAUGUAGACUUUGCCAUUGUCUAUGAUCAUGUUCCUGGGCAACUCCAUAUUAUUGUUCAUCAAUUGCUUCAGCAUCAGGAGCGCUCCACUCUGAUCACGACAUAUGAUGAUGGAGUCAUGAACAAUCGUCCACAUGUCACAGCCGCAAUUCUUUCACAACAAGUCUUGCGUGCUCAGUUCCUAGCAGCCAUUAACCGCCAACAUGACUGCCCACCACUCAACUUGUACACAACGUGCACCAUUUGGCAACAGGGCCAUGAGAUCUCUGAGGAAACAGAAUAUCAAUGCAGGCAUGGUGACACUUUCUCACUCAUUAUCCAAAGAACUGGAGAUUUUGAGUGGAAUCAAGAAGAGUGGACCGCGACAGAGGCGGCAUCUUCGGCGAGUUUUUUGCAAACCAAAGCAGUGUUGAAGCCAACCAAACCAGCAGAGGACAGGCGCCUAACAACUGGGCAGGUAGCUCAUACCCAGUGGCCUGAACCUCACGUGCUCAAACUUGAAGAAUUGAUCAGCCCACCCAUCACUGUAGAGGUUGAUUUCUCCUCGGUGCUUUUCUUGGCAAAUGAAUUGCACAACAAUGGGCAUCACUUUCUGCAAUGUUGGCCCCCACAGCUCGAAAUGCCAGAGGUCACUUGUGUUGCCAUGCGGGAUCUGCAACCACUUGGUGACCAAAUUCCUCUGGUGUAUCACUUCUUCACUGAUGAAUCGAAAGCUGCGCCUGGUUUAGUUGGAGCUGCUGUUGUUCUAUUGAUUGAAACAGCCACUGGAUGGCACUAUGGUGGUUGUCUCUAUCGCAAGGUCGAAACCGGUGACACCUCUGUUGCUGGUGAAAAUGGCGCUAUUGCAUGGGCGCUAUUGUGGGCUUUUCAGCUGAGCAACCAACAUUGGGAAGUCCAUGGACAAGCUCAAUUGGCCUUUAGCUUCAAUUUUGAUGCCACGUGUUCUGGCUACCUUGCAGCAGGAUAUUGGCGCACUUCCCAUGCACACAGCUGGCGAACCCUCACCCGAAGUAUUGCUCAGGUCUUACAAACCAGACAUGGCAUUGAUGCACUUGCUUGGAUUUAUGUAAAAGCUCAUGCAGGGCACCCAUGGAACGAAGCGGCUGACGCCCUUGCUAAAUGGGUCGUCCAAAACUACGACCAAGCACAGAGCAGUACCUAUUGGGAGCAAUGGCUGGAUUCGCCUGACAAGCUGACGGCCUUUCAGUGGCUUUGGUACAAAGAACUCAUGGAAGUUCAUGACCCACGAGUUCCAGCCUUAUGCAAUGGAAUCAUGAAAUGCAUCAUUCCAGCUGUAACUCCGUGCCACGAUCAUGAUGCCACGCCUUCCUCUCAAGGAGCACCCAAUAGCAGUAUCAGUGCGAUUCAACGUGACCUUCCUCAAUGGAAUCGAUUGCAUGACCAUGCGGUUGCCAAAACCACUAGCAUGUUGCGAAAAGCUGCAAGCGAUGUUCAGAAGGCCAUCAAGUUUGAGGACUCACAGUAUUAUGCACGUUUGGCCGACCAAUCUGCCCAGACUUAUAGUGUUGAAGGUUUGACUGGCAUUUGGAAGAAACUGAAAGCUGUGCUGCCGGAACACAGAUCCAAACGCUUUCAAGUGCAGAGGGACAUCGAACAUGAGCUCUUGACUCAUUUCCAAUCCCUUGAAGCGGGCACAACAGUAUCAGUUGGUGAGCUCAUCCGUGGAUGUCUUAACCGUAAUGCUGAAGAGCGAGCACGAGAAGAAGGGCGAUGCGAUUUUGCAUGGUGGAACCCACUUGAUGAUGAGCCUCUGACACGGAAGUGCUGCGCACAAUUUGAAGCACGUCUUCGUGACUGGUUUGAGAUCGAGCAGCCCACAGUGGUUGAUUUCCACAACAUGUUUUUCCGAUUAUUCUUUGACAUGGAGAUUCCGGAAUUUCAAGCUGCCCGCAUCUUCAUUUUUUGGGUUGAAACUGACUUCUACACCAUCAUUGAGCAGUAUGCGCACCAUGAUGCGUACUACGCCUUGGAAGAGGCACACAUGAGCUUCCUGGCUGACAUCCAUAUUUGGAAUCUCCAAGUUCGAAUGAAGCAGUUGCGGAAGCAGUGGGACAUUCUUCAGCUUGGCGAACCACGAGCUCAUCGAGUUCCACAGCAGCCUGCCCAACGCCGACCUGCACGUGCACAUCCCAUUGAUUCUGCUUUUGCUGCUCUCGAGAGCAAGGAGCAACAAUGGAGGCGAAUCGAAUCUCGUCACUUUGAUGGUGGUUUGGGUGAGAUCGAUUUUUUCGCCAAAGAAUUAGCGCAUGCCCGCAGCAACGCCGGACUCACGACACAAAUGCUGAGCAGUUUCUUUGGUGCCUGUGUGGUUGCCAAAGACUGGGAAAUGGCCUGGCAGCAGGCGAUUCGGUGA